UAACUGAACCUUCAGUCAUCAUUCCGAGAUAUGUCAACAGCACAGAGUCCAGACUCCAGUGGGGCGAUAAGGGAGAGGAGCAGCAGUCAUACUAAUCAGGUGCCAUUCACCCCUGAAUUUAGCAAGAUGCUGACCAAAAGCAGCCCGCGCUUUGGUGCACUGAGUCAUCACUCCUUCUUCUCCCGGCACAACCCUCAUCCCCACAGGGUGAAACAUAUUCAAGGACUCAAUGGUGGGCCCGUUUGUAUGGUGAGGGAUGAUUGGUAUGUUACCUCCUCAUUAUUUCCUCAUCCACUUCUCAAGAGCCACGUCCUCAGGAAAGCAACGGAUACCUCUUUUGCUUUUCCGCUCGUUCAGAAUCAUUAUGGAGACAGAAGUACCAAAAACAAAUCAGCACAAUUUUCCGAGGCCUGGAGGGAUGAACUUAAAGAACUUGCUGCAAAAGUCCAUUUGUCUUCUCAAGCACAAAAGGAAAAAAAACAGGAACAGGUCCAACCUGAGGAAGAACUUGUCCGCCGAAAGACCCAAUAUUCAGCUGAAACGGGGAGAAUCGUCCCACCACCCACGCACUCUUACCAACGCAGAUCCCAUUCCCAGCACCUGAAGUACCCUCAGCCCUUCCAUGAUCAAGAACUCAUGGUGUUUGAGCUACUGUGUCAGAUCCUGCAGACAGAUUCCCUCUCCACAGUGCAGCAGUGGCUCCUGCUUGCAGGCCAAAGAGAGAAAGACCUUGUGAUGGGCAUGAUCAAGCAAGCUCUGGAUGGUGUGGACCUCUCAGGCCAUCAUCAACAGGACUUUCAGAAGCUCAGGGCUUUUCCUGGUACAUCUCUGUCGGUGUACGGUCCAACGUUCGACCAGUCGUGGAGAAAACCCCAAACAGCAAGCUCAUACAGAGGGAACCAAGCUUCCAGCGACGACAAACCAGAGAGGAUUGGAGAUGCAGAGGUGCUUGAAGUCCACGCAGAAACUCAAGAUCAUCCACUGCAGCACACGGAGAGUGUUUAGAACUGGAUUAUCCUUAUUUCUUUCACUUUAUUUUUGUUUUCUCAUUAUGAGAACUGAUUUUGUUCCCUUGUUUAUUGGUCUCUUGAUAUAUGGUAUAUGGAUAUACAUCCAUAAAUAGAAACGUGAGUUAGAUGAUUCAUCCAACAAAAACAUUUAACAUACUGGAUUUUUCAUAGACGGUACGAUUGUUAGCUACCCAUCAUAUAAGUCUUGAUCUUGUCUAAUCUAGGCUCUGAGUGAAUACAUUGUCUGACUAGAAAGGAGUAAACACUAUCAGACUUGCAGCCAAAACCAAUUUAGGGCUGCACAAUAUGAAAAAUAUAUCUAAUUGUUAAUUGAUUAUUCUAACUAAUGUUGCAAAUUGCAAUAUGACUCAUGACAUUGGAGGGAACUAUCUUUUUCUACAAUCUACAAGGUCAUUUAGCAGAUGCUUUAAUCGAUCAUGGUAUGAUUUUUUGUAAAGGGUCCAUACCAAACCAUUUUUUUUUCUAAAUCUGUAGAAUAUAUUCUAGAACUGUAAUAACAUUCUACCAUUAUUACUUAACAUUCUGGAACUUUGACCUUACAUAGAACUGUAACUUAACCUUCUGGAAUUUUAAACUAAUAUUCUAGAACUGUAACUUCAUACUCGACAAUUUUAACUUAACAGUCUUGAAUUAUAACCAUAUCUUCUAGAACUAGAAUGUCAUACUCUGUAUGUUAGCUAUUUAAAACUAAAACUUAACAUUUUGGAAAUGUAAACUAAUAUUCUAGAACUGUAACUUAACAUUCUACAAUAGUAACUUACCAGUCUUAAACUGUAACACGAUAUUCUAGAACUGUAACUCGACUACAGGUUCUGUCCUCGACCUCGGAGGUCAGCACCGGUGUGCUGAGUAAAUUUCAUAGCCUGGAGAAUAUGUGUUUACUAAUUAUACUGAACAGAUCUGCAAGAAACUUCCCAAAAGAUCAUUCAAAAUAUGCUCUGGUUACUAUUUAAUAAAUGCUAUCUGCUAUUGCUUUUAGUUUUAAUAAUGCCGAGGUUUUUUUUUUUUAGAUCUUCAUUAUAGUGUUUUAAUUUUUUUUAAUUUUAAUUUUUCACUUUCACUUGUGUGGUUUUACAAAUUGGCCUUUUCUGUUACUGUUUCAGUCUAACCUUAUUCAUUCAUUGUUGUAAAUUAUUCAAGUUUUGUGCCGUUUUAUUCUGUGUUUGUAUUUACCUAUUCAAUGUGUUCUGUAAACUAUAUGACUAUCCUGUCACUGACAAAUUAAAUACAAGAAAGGUU